UCACAUUCAUCAUGCUAUGUGUAUAAAAACAUUUUGAGGGAGACCGCUGUCAUGCGAAGUAAGCGUGCAAGUAAUUAACCUAAAAAUAGAACUGCAUGGUCAUAGUAGCUAGUUAGAUAAGCAACCUAGCAGCAAUCACAUCUGCCCUGCCUCUUGCAAAUAAUCACAUUGCCAGCAGGUUGGUUGUACGACGCUCACGGACCGUAUCGCGAGAAAGACCGAGAACGUAGCAACAAGACAACAAAAAUAAAUUCUGGACAACAAUUCAGAGUUCAUGAUGGCGGCGUCGAUGUUACGCCGGGAUAAGAAAACAACAGCCGCCACUCUAAAGACAGAACUAAAUCGAACUGACAACAGUUCUGGAGUCAGACUACUUCAAGAACUGCUUGAUAAUGUUUUAAAUCCUGAAAAGCCAGCGGCGGAUACAGAGGCCCUUGAAUGGUGUAAAUACCUAUUGGCAGGAGGGGAAGGAUUCGAGGAGUUCUGCAAGACGGUCCGGUCCUAUGACAACGCUACCUUGUGCGGCUUGGUCUGGACAGCCAAUUUUGUGGCGUACCGAUGUCGGACCUGCGGGAUUUCCCCUUGCAUGUCAUUAUGUGCGGAAUGUUUUAACAACGGCGAUCACACGGGCCAUGAUUUCAAUAUGUUCAGAAGCCAGGCUGGUGGGGCCUGCGACUGUGGAGACAGUAAUGUCAUGCGGGAAAGUGGGUUUUGUAGACGGCAUCGGUUAAAAACAGGGGAGAAUGUUCCCACAGUACCCAGGGACUUGCUGCUGAUGUCUGAAAUGGUGCUACCUCGCUUCAUUGUCAGCAUCAUACAGUAUUUAAGGGAUGGAUACACAGAGCCAGACUCGUCACCAGAGAGGGACCUGCAGAAGGUUCUUCAGCAGCUGGAGCCUCAGAUAUCCUUCCUGGAAGAGCUUACAAAGAUGGGUGGGGCCAUGCGGACCGUGCUGACAAAGAUCCUGACCAAUCAGCAGACCUUUAAAGAACUCAGCAUGGGUCAGGAAGAAAACGUGUAUGCAAAGAAUAACUAUGAUAAGUAUCUGUCUGCACUGAAGAGCUCGGGCCUGGUCACGGUGGAGGAGAAGGGAGCAGCGGCAGCAGCCGCGGCUGGAGGAGGAGGUGCCGAGGCUGGGGCAACAGCUGGAGCAGCGUCCCUAAGCUUACUGGGAGCCACUGCUGCUGUAAGCUCUGUUGAAUCCAGUAAAGAGGAGGACCAGGAUGGAGGGCAGAGUGUGGGGCAGCGCAAGAGAGUGAAGCUCAGCAGCACCACCAAAGACCCAUCGAUCAUGGACACUCUGAAACACAAGUGUUUCUUAGAGGAGUUGCUGUUCUGGACGAUAAAGUACGAGUUCCCCCAGAAGAUGGUCACUUUCUUGCUCAACAUGUUGCCCGAUCAAGACUACAAGAUCACGUUCACCAAGACGUUUGUGCAGCACUACGCUUUCAUCAUGAAGACGCUGAUGAAGAGCCAGGAGUCGGACACCAUGUCCAACCGCAUCGUGCACAUCAGCGUGCAGCUCUUCAGCAACGAGGAGCUGGCGCGCCAUGUCACCGAGGAGUGCCAGCUGCUGGACAUCAUGGUCACCGUGCUGCUCUACAUGAUGGAGAGCUGCCUUAUCAGGAGCGAGCUGCAAGAUGAGGAGAAUAGCCAUCAUGUGGUGGUGAACUGUGGCGAGGCUCUUCUGAAGAACAACACCUACUGGCCUUUAGUUAGUGACUUCAUUAACAUUCUCUCACACCAAAGUGUUGCCAAGCGCUUCCUGGAGGACCACUCCCUGCUUAUGCUCUGGAUGAGCUUUGUGUCCUUCUUUCAAGGUAUGAACCUGAACAAGCGGGAGCUGAACGAGCACGUGGAGUUUGAGUCGCAGACGUACUAUGCAGCGUUCGCGGCUGAGCUCGAGGCCUGUGCCCAGCCCAUGUGGGGUCUGCUCACACACUGCAAAGUCAAAGAGACGCAGGAGUACACAAAGACAGUGGUGCGCUUCUGCCUGGAAGCGCUUCAAGUGUGGUUCGAUAACAUCGGCUUUGUGGACGAGCCAGCGCCCAAUCAGGUGACAUUUCACUUACCUCUGCACCGAUACUACGCCAUGUUCCUCAGCAAGGCGGUGAAGUGCCAAGGCCUAGAUCUGGACAGCCUGCUUCCUGACCAGGAGAUGCUAAUGAAGAUCAUGGUCCACCCUCUUCAGAUCCAGGUGAGCCUGUCUGAGAUCCAUAGCAACAUGUGGGUGAGGAACGGCCUCCAGAUCAAAGGUCAAGCCAUGACCUAUGUCCAGUCCCACUUCUGCAACUCCAUGAUCGACCCCGACAUCUACCUGCUCCAGGUGUGUGCAUCUCGACUGGAUCCUGAUUACUUCAUUUCCUCAGUUUUUGAGAGAUUUAAGGUGGUGGACUUGCUGACCAUGGCCUCCCAGCAUCAGAACUCGGCGCUGGACUCUGAGCAGGAGCGGCCCAUGCUGGAGGGAGCGCUCACCUUCCUGGUCAUCCUCUGCAGCUUGCGCAUACACCUCGGCAUGGCGGACGAUGAGAUCUUGCGGGCGGAGAUGGUGUCCCAGCUGUGUAUGAAUGACCGCACCCACAGCUCCCUGCUGGACCUCAUCCCCGAGAACCCGAACCCAAAGAGUGGCAUAGUCCCAGGCAGCUGCAGCUUUGAGGACAUGCUGUCUGCAGUGGCCGACUUCAAGGCCCCGGUGUUUGAGCCUGGAGGCUCUAUGCAGCAGGGCAUGUACACGCCCAAAGCCAAGGUGUGGGAGAAGGAGUUUGACCCCAUCAUGGUGAUCCUCAGGACAGUCUACAGGAGAGACGUGCAGUCAGCCAUGGACAGAUAUGCUGCAUUUUUGAAGCAAUCGGCAUCAAUCUCAGGCAAUCCGUGGCCACCUUACAAAGAGAGGACCCCUCUGCACUCGUGCUACAGGGGCUUGGUGCGCCUGCUCCACUGCAAAACCCUCCACAUCGUCAUCUUCACACUCCUCUAUAAGAUCUGGAUGGACCAUCCCAACAUGUCGGAGCAUGUGCUGUGCAUGGUCUUGUACCUUAUUGAGCUGGGGCUGGACAACCAGGUUCAGGACGAUGAAGACGAGGAGCCAUGUAUAGAGGAGCGUUGCCAUGACAGCUGGUUCCCGGGCACCAGCCUCCUGUCCAACCUGCACCACAUCAUCAACUAUGUGCGCGUGCGCGUGCCUGAGGACGCCCCCGAGGUCAAGAGGGAGCCGCCGCCCAGCACCAGUGCCGAGAGCAGCCCACCUAGCCAGCCACGCCGACAACUCUCAGGGAAUUGGAGAGAGAACCUGCGUGAGGCGCAGCUCUUUAGCCUGGUGGCCGAGCGCCGGCGUAAGUUCCAGGAGAUCAUCAACCGCAGCAACCGGGAGGCCAGCCUGGCCGCGGCCUCUGCCGCCACGCGGCCCAAGAGCUCGUCCUCGGCCCGCUGGCUCCCGCCGGGCACCUCCCAGCACCUGGCGUCCGCCGCCCCGCCCGCUGCCCCGCAGCUGGUCACCGAGAUCCUGGAGGUGCGCGAGAGCAUGCUGUCCCUGCUGGUCAAGCUGCACGGGAAGCUGUCGGCACGCGGCGCCACUCCGCUGACCGCCGCCCAGCUGGAGGAGGGCGCCGACCUCGCUGACCCCGCCGCCUCGGUCGGCCACGGCGACGGGCUGACGGCCAUCCAGCGCAUCCUGGGCAAGGCGUCGGCGCGCAGCCGGCUCAGCAGACGCUGCAUCCAGGAGGCCUGCGGGCGUCAGUGCCCACCUGUGCCACCCAAGAAGAACAGCCCCGCCGACAAGAAGAGCAUGGACAAGGAGGAGAGGCGCCAGAGGGCUCGUGAGCGACAGCAGAAGCUGCUGGCAGAGUUCGCCUCCAGGCAGAAGAGCUUCAUGGAGACGGCCAUGGACGUGGAGACUCCAGAUGCUGACCCAGGCAUGGACUUGGAGGCGUCGGAGGAGGCUAGUGUGGAGGUGCUGUAUGACUGCGUCAUCUGUGGCCAGAGCGGCCCCUCCACUGAGGACCGGCCCACUGGCCUGGUGGUGCUGCUGCAGGCCUCCUCAGUGCUGGGCCACCGGUGCAGAAGUGACGAGCCCAAGAGGCUACCCACCAGCGACGAAGAGCACAUUUACCCAGAAGACACCUGUGGAGCCGCCAGCGACGUGCGACUCUCCCUCAUGCAGCGCGACUUUAAAGAUAGUUCCUGUCUGCAGUCGGUGUCCAUCGGCUGGGACGGCGGCGUGUACGUACAGACCUGUGGCCACACGCUGCACAUCGACUGCCACAAGUCCUACAUGGAGUCGUUGAGGAAUGACCAGGUGCUUCAGGGCUUUUCGGUGGACAAGGGCGAGUUCACCUGCCCCCUGUGCCGGCAGUUUGCCAACAGUGUGUUGCCGUGCCGACCUGGCCGGGGCUCGGAGGUGGGGGCCUGGCACAUGCCCAGCAGCAAGCCCACGCACGUGCUGGUCAAGGAGGUGGAGGACCUGCAGGACCAGCUGGCCAUUUUCCCCGUAAGCGGUGACACUACGGAGUCCAACCUCACCAAGGAGAUGGAGUCCGUCAUCAAGGACAUCAAGAACACAACGCAGAAGAAGUACAUGGACUACGGCAAGAACCCCGGCUCUCCCGACAACGACUUCCUCUUCAUGUACUCCGUUGCCAGGUCUAAUCUGGAGUUGGAGAUGGUGCAUCGGGGAGGAAACCUUUGCUCUGGAGGAGCCAGUGCUGCAGCCAAGCGGUCAUGUCUCAAUCAGCUCUUCCAUGUGUUGGCUAUGCACAUGCGUCUGUACAGCAUAGACUCCGCCUACAACCCUUGGACCCGCCUCACGCAGAUAUCACACAGCAGGGAUGAGUACUAUGAUGAAGAGAGGCCUGAGGUGCCCAUGCUCUUCAGAGACGUCCCCUCCCUCCUCAUCAUCUUCGUGCUGACCAUGCCUCAGCCCUUGCGCAAAGAGCACUUUAUGUGUGUGGUGAAGGUACUAUACACACUGCAGUACACCCAGGGCCUGGUGGCGCUGUCCAUUAAGUUUAGCCCUGAGGAGCGACAAGCCUGGAGCACGUCUGGAGCACUUAAGAAGAGCAUGCCCAAUGCCACCAGGUCCUGGGAAGCGCUGCUCAGCCAUGUGAUUGGAGAGCUGUCCAAAGGAAAGUGCAUAUACGACACUCGCGCUGAAGAGGUGUCUAUGCUGUGUUCCAGUGUGUGGUCUCCCCAGUCCAUUGAGUUCUUCCUGCAGCAGUACUGUCUGCCCUUCCUGCGUCUGGCCUGUCUGCUGCAGCACCACCUGUACGGAGACAACCUCGUAGGCUGUCAGGUUGAGGAGGAGUUCUCCAUGCUGGCGGUCAGUCUGGGGCUGCUGGCCCCUGCCGCUCAGGUGGGAAACCCCGUCAGCAGCGCAGUGUGUCUGGAGUGGCCGGUCGGCCCCUUCUCCCUGCUGCCCCAGUGGUGCGCCGAGGUCACCAGCCUCCCCGAGACACAGGCCGAGCAGACAGCGACUCUGCUGGUGCAGGACCCCCACUGGGCGGCCCCUCGCCUGCUGCAGCUGCCGGAGAACUACAACACCAUCUUCCAGUACUACCACCGCAAGGCCUGCACCUCCUGCAACAAGGUGCCCAAGGACCCGGCCCUCUGCCUGGUGUGUGGGGCCUUCGUCUGCCUCAAGGGCCUGUGCUGCAAGCAGCAGGGCAUCUGCGAGUGCGUCCUGCACUCUCAGCACUGCGGAGCGGCCACAGGCAUCUUCCUCCUCAUCAACGCAUCGGUCAUCAUCAUCAUCAGAGGCCACCGCUUCUGUCUGUGGGGAUCAGUGUACCUGGACGCACAUGGAGAGGAGGACAGAGACCUACGCCGAGGCAAGCCGCUGUUCCUCUGCGCCGAGCGCUACCGUGUCCUGGAGCAGCAGUGGGUGGCUCACACUUUUGACCACAUCAACAAGCGCUGGGGGCCUCACUACAACGGACUCUAAACUUCCCCCACACCACCCCACACACACACUCACCACCUCCAGAGGCUCCCAGGGGCCCGACCUGAGAUGCCCAGCCACCCCCACCCUCCCCACCCCCCUCCCAUUCACCCAGUCCAGCCUCACCUGGGGCCAUUUUUUUCAGCCCUGCCUGGUGUAAAUCUUAUGGUAAACUUGUAUCAUGUACGAUAUAAACAAACAAACAAACAAACAAACAACAAAAAAAAAAAGAAAUCUACAUCCAGUGCAAAAAGGUUGCUGCCCCCCAGCCUUGGGUUUAUGUGAAGUUUUAGUGUACAAUCAUGCCAAUCGACUAACAGUGUGUGUGUUUUUAAGGAAAAAAAAAACAGAAAACACAAAAAGAAAACGUUUAAAAAAUGUAUCAGUGAUUGAGGUGUGGAUUUUAAAAAGGAAAAAAGAGAGAGAUGGGGGGGUAUUAGUGGUUUGGGGUGAGCUCGCCAUAAAAGCACAUGUUUUUUUGGCCCCUCUUUUUUUUUAAAGUUUGCUUUUGGACUCCAUGGAGGGGUCCUCUAUUGGCACGAGAGGAGCGCUUCAGUGAGAUCACCCUGGAGAUGCAUGAACUUAGAACCCAUCAGCGAAUGUUUUUUUUUUUUUUUUAGCAAAUUUGUUUAUUUCUCCUCUCACAGAACGUUCCGUGAGACAUUACAUCAGAACAUUCUAAAAGCGCUACACAAGGAAGGGAUAGAACUCACCCCCUGCCAGAAACAGUCAUGACCGACAACCACAGGCCUCCCUCAAUGAGUAGACCCACACAUCUAAUUUAAUACAUAUCUAUUAUUUAUAUCUUUUUCAUUCUCAGUCAGGUUGCAUCAGUGGAAGAUGUUUUAGCAUGUGCAAAAGGGCUCUUCUGCAUGUGAAACCAUUACUGUGACUUGCUUUAGCUUUCGGUUGCAGUAUGUGCCGUUUUCAGCAAGCGAAUGUGAGCAUUGCUAAAAAUGAAAACUAUUAACCCUCUGUAGGCCAGCAGACUGGGGCAGGGCCUCGAUAUGAGAUGCUGAACACAUUUCAGCCAAAGGAAAUAAAGGAAACAAUGAAAUGGGCAUAAUUCAAUCAUAGCAUUUAGCCACCAAGAUGCAAGUAGCAUUUUUGGGCUGAGACUUGAUUGAUGUUAAGCUUUUGGUUGCACACAGAGAAGAGUGUUUACAUCAUGUGAGUCUAAUGUAGGCAACAGAGAAAGGCUCUGGGUUUAAGGUCUGGUUGCAAAAAAAUCAUCCUCAGGAAUUUUGUUUCGUUAUCUUUUUUUUUUUUUUUUUUUGCUGUAGUUUCAAAAAAGAAAGAAAAACAAAAAAAGUUUUUAAAGAUAUUUAAAUAAAUGCUGCUAUUCAUUAUUUGAAAAAAAAAAAUAGUUCAUGAUUUACCUUUUUGUAAAAAUGAUUUAUAUAUAGUUUGGGGGGUAGAGGGUGUUUUUUUUGUGUGACCUUUUUUGACUUUUUUUUUUGUUGACUUUUUUUGUAUUCAAAAGAGAUGAAGGUCUUGUGUGUUUGUUUGGCUGUUCUGGUUUGCUUGGCGUGGUUUGAAUGAGACGGUAAGCUCCACAAUGCGACUGCAGAUCCACAAGCCCAAACCCAGGUUCUCUGCGCCGCCACAGCCCAGUUGGGGCGCCGGCCUUUUUACCCCUCUCCUCUGAACUUUACUCAUAUCCAUAUAACAGGGGGUGUCUACAACAGCCUUUUUUUGUUAUUGUUGAAUUGUUUUUUUUUUUUUUUGUUUUUUUUUUUAGGCUUCGCUUUACCCAGGCUUAUAUAUCAGGUGGAUUGGUCUUAAGGUCUCCUCACAUUGCAGCCCUCUUUUGCAGAUGAUGUGCUGAUCACCUAACAGCAGCUGUAAAAGCUGCCCAGAGAACUUUAAAAGGUCUAAAAUGACAAAAAUGCCUGAAAGGCAAGUUAUAAUGAAAAGGUUUUAAACUGACAUCCAGUCCUGUAGGUUACCCAGAAAUUAUUUAAUAGGAUCACACACACACACAGUCAUAUACUGCACUUAAGCUCUGCUUACGUUGAUAACCCAGCACUUUCAUUUUUAUUGUAGUAUCUGUCCGAUGAGCAGAACGAGGAGACUGUACCAACCCAGCCUACUAAACCCAAACCUCCUGUCUGACUGGGCCCUGACUGCUCCAGUGCUGUCACUUUAGAGGCUUCGCUGCCAAACUCUGAUGGGUCAAAGUGAUCCGUUUACACAUCGGUCUCGUGUGAAUCUCGAUUGUGUGUGUGUGUGUGUGUGUGUGUGUGUGUGUGUGCAUAUGUGCAUGAGUGUGUGUGUAGUCCUCAAUAACCCCCUAGUGUACUAAUGUCAUUUUAGAUCCAUCUUUUGUUGGUUAUUCCCCAAAUGGAGUAGAUGUUCUCUGUGUUGUGGAGUGGAAUUGCUGUUGAGAACUAAAUAGCAAAUGGCUCUGGUAAUGCCAUGGAAAGUACCAAAUUACACUAGGCAGUUGGACCACCAUACUGCCUCUAGCAGUCACUUAUGUCUCAAGAUAAGUGAAUGUCUUGGGAAUCAAUUAUUUUGAGAUGUGUGCCCAGUAUAGACUAUAUGUUUGGGUUUUGGUUCUUUUUAAGUUAUCUAUGUCUUUACAUGAAAAGUUUAAAUAAAUAUGAAACUCAUGAACUUAUGCCAUUUGAAGUUAGGGAGGUAUUUUUUUGGAAAUUCACAUUCUUUUUAUUAUUGUUUGCCUAUUUUCUCCAAGGGAGGCAGCAUGACAUGCCAUUGGUAAUAGACUUUUGGAAAUGGUUUAAACUAUAGGGUGACUGGGCUCUCCUGUGUGCAGUGGUUAUAUAUUCACAAGUGACGUUUUCCAAAAAUUACAUUUCUUAGUAGACUUUAUGAACAUAAACCUGAUCCAAAUCUGGUACUCCCGGUGUCAAUGGAGAAGUGUGUCUGAAAAUGCUUAGCUUAAAACUUAACAAAUGUUUGCCUUCCCCUGGUAUGGAAGCAAAAGAAAUACGUAUAUGUGGAAUGAUGUAAUUAUGGGCUUGAGAAUGAAGACUAAACAAUCUGCUCUGGGCUCAGGCAAAAUAAAACCACAUUUUGAAAUAACCCCUUUCUCUGUGUUGAGUGCAUACAAGAGCACUUCAGCAGGAGAAUGCAUAGUCUCUCACAAACACACACACAGCACAUGCAUGCUGCUGAUUUAUUUUGUUUACUUUAUGGUUUUGCCAUCAUGAAUAUUAUUAUUGAUAUUAUCAUGAUGGAAUAUUAUCGCCCCCCCCCCCCCGCACACACUUUUGAAGCUACAGAUCUGGAGUGAUGUUCUGUUCUGAAUGCCGGGUGUGUGUUGUAGAGGUAGGCCACAAGCUCCUGCGUUCUGAAUGCCGGGUGUGUGUUGUAGCGGUAGGCCACGAGCUCCUGUGUGAACGGUGAUUUAAAGGAAGGAUACAUACAGUACAUUACUGUAGGUGCUGACUCCAACUUUCCCAUCUCACCCCGGGAAGUGUGAUUUAGACAUUUAAAAAUGCAAAAUGUAACAUAUGUGAAUAAAAUAUGAAGAUAAUGCGCUGA